ACAAAAUUGACCCAUUCCUAAUUAGAAAUACAGUAUACAUUUGAUGGUCAGAUUGGAGUCAGUCAAAACUGUUGUCAGAUUGAAUUUGGAGCGGAAAACAAAUAUAAAUCCAAAUUAAUGACAGAAUUCUUUUCAGAAGUGCUAGAAAAGGCUAACACACACAUAACCUUCGGAAUCUUACAUCUUUAUCUGAAAAACUGUAUGUACGUUGAACGCAAGCCAAAAAUCACGAAUAGGGUCUGCUGUAUGUCAAUCAUUGUUGUUUAUGUGGCCGUUCACAUCUUUAAUAUAAAAUCACACGGAAAACUUCCUCUUUCCAUCAGUUGCAACUUACUGGCAUACACCACAGCAAACAAGAAAUGAUACUAUUGACAGUGCCAAAGCAACGUUUCUAAAUAUCAACAUUAACACAGCUUCAAGCACAUUCAAACUCUGAGAUCAAAUCUGUGUGAACGCAUGCUCUAUAAUGUCAAUUAAUAAUACAAACACAUUGUUUUUCUUGAACAAUUAUUGCUUUUUUAAACUAUAUUACAUGAGUAUGUCUGCAUUUUGUUCUUGUGUUCCUGUUUGAUUUGGUGCACAACCUAAAGCACCACCAUAAACGGCUCCAACCACUGAAGCACUUCCCAGAAAGAGACUCUCAGUAUUUCACUUUCUUCAUGCCAAACUUCCCUUUUUCUGGAUUUCUGGACAAAAUCAAACAGCAAUCAGCAAUCAGUGAAGAACAAAGACAGAGAUCAUUUAGUUUUACAUACCUUUGCAGUUCUUUUUUUAUUAAUAAAACAUUCAGAGAGUGAAAGUAAAGUUUGGACUGCUGAAUCUCAAACAGAGGAAAUGGCUUCAUCAGCUGAAUAUGAUUAUAUUUGUCCUGUGUGUCAGGAUAUCUUCAAGACUCCUGUUAUUUUAUCAUGUGGCCACAGUUUCUGUAAAGAGUGUCUUCAAGAGUUUUGGAAAAUCAAGAAUACUCAGGAGUGUCCCGUCUGCAGGAGACCCUCAAUGGCUGAUCCUCCAGUUAAUCUGGCUUUAAAAAACUUGUGCGAGUCGCGUCUUGAGGAGAGAAAUGAGAGACGUUCAUCUGGAUCAGAGGAGAUCUGCAGUUUACACGGCAAAAUACUUAAACUCUUCUGUGUGGAGGACAAACAGCCUGUGUGUUUAGUGUGCAGAGAUUCAGAAAAACACCUCAAACACACAUUCAGACCCAUCAGUGAAAUGGUUUCAUUCAAGAAGGAGGAGCUCAAUACAGCACUGAAGCUUUUACAGGAGAAACUUAAACGUAAUGGAAACAUGAAAGAAAAGUUGGAGAAAACAGCUCGAUACAUCAAGGCUCAAGCUGUAAACACAGAGCGUCAGAUUAAACAGCAGUUUGAGAAGUUUCAUCAGUUUCUCCGAGAUGAAGAAGAAGCUACAAUCACUGCACUGAGAAAGGAAGAGGAGCAGAAGAAGCAGAUGAUGAAGGAGAAGCUGAAGGAGAUGAACACACACAUCUCAGCUCUUUCACACACGAUCACAGACACGGAGGAGAUGCUGAAAGCCAAUGACGUCUGCUUUCUGAAGGAGUUUCCAGUCUCAAUGGAAAGAGUCCAGAUCUCACAGCCGGAUCCACAGAUGCCUUCUGGAGCUUUGAUUCAUGUGUCUCGCUACUUGGGCAACCUGCCGUUCAGAGUCUGGAAGAAGAUGCAGGACAUUGUCCAGUACACUCCUGUCAUCCUGAAUCCAAACACUGCACAUCCAGAACUCGAGCUGUCUGAUGAUCUGACCAGAGUGACAAUCAAAGUAGAUAUACUACCAGGUGUUGUGGGUUUAAGCACUGCAAAUAAAUAUCUCAGCCUGUUUGAUGAUCUGAUCAGUGUGACAAACCGAGGAAACAAACAACUACUUCCUGAUAAUCCAGAGAGAUUUGACCGUUGUCUCUGUGUUUUGGGUUCAAAAGGUUUUAACUCAGGAAAGCACUGCUGGGUCGUGGAGGUUAAAGAGAGUCAAUACUGGACUCUUGGAGUAACAACAGCAUCAAACCAGAGGAAGGGAGGGGGUUUCUUUAACUCUAAUGUCUGGAGUGUGUAUAAAUAUCAGUAUGGACAGUCAGGGUCUAGUUUUUGUAUUAAACAGGCUCUUGAUCGAGUGCGAGUUGAUCUGGAUUAUGACAGAGGAACAGUGUCUUUCUCUGAUCCAGUAAAUAACAAACAUCUACACACUUACACAACCACCUUCACUGAUACUCUCUACCCUCUCUUCGGUUGUUAUGAGAGUUUUUUCGCAAACACUUCUUCCUCUCUAAAGAUUUUACCGUUCAGUAGAAUCUAACUAAGGAUCUGACAAUCCUUGUAUGUGUGUUGCUUCAAGAAAGUAACCAUUUAUUGCUGUUGUGUUUUAUUUUCAUUUGUUUAUAUUCAUUUAUUCUUCAUUUAAUAAUUGUAUUUAAUCA